GCAUCGACUACAGCGUGUGGGACCACAUCUAUGUGUCCGAUGAUGAAGAUGUGACCCAUCCCAACGUCGACACGCCGAGUUUAUACAGAAUGAGACAUCGGGUCGGCCACCAACUUGGAGAAGUAGAUGCUGUGACAAGUGGAGCCGAGCAGAGUCCAUACACAGGGUGAAGGACCGGCCUGCUUCCUUUCUCUGAGCUGCUGUGGGGUCAGAUGAUGACUGCAGGUGUCAUGAAGCCCUGCUGGGCAUGGCCAAAAAAAAAAAAAAGUUACUGGAAAUUAGAUGAAAUUGUGGGUCGAGUGUGUUUGCUCCAGUGGCAAAGCUCAGACUGUGUAUGGCUCUGGACUUAGAUAAUUAGAUUAGCUGGUGGCUGAUGCCUAGGUCUUUGUCACGUGACCGGUGAAUGUGCUAGGUCUUGGAGUGAUGUGUGGUUAAAUCCUCAGCCCACCCCACCCCACCCUACCGUGCACUGGAUGUUGUCUCAUUCUCAUUCUGUGUGAUACUGAAAUCUCACAUCAGUGUUGUAUGAGGAGGCCAAGGAGGGGGAAAGAGCCACUCAACACCAGUGGCGGGCACAUCAAGUUCCUGUUUUGAUUUGGUUUGGCCCGUUUGGAGCAAAUGGCCGAGUUUCAGCAGCGAGGCGAAGAUCUGGAAAAUAACUUGGCCGAGUGCAAGAGGCGAAUAGAGGAAGCCCAAGGACGAGUCAGAGAGCUGGAAGAAGGAAGUAAGGAGGGAGAUGAAGAAGAGGAGGAGGACAGGAAAGCAGAGCUGAUUAAAGCCCGCGCCGAGGUGAAAAAACUGAGGAAGGAUAAACAGCUGUUUGAAAAAAUGAUGGAGGAGUAUCGGAGGGAGGAGAAGAGACUGCCUUGGAAUGUGGACACGCUCAGCAAAGACGGCUUCAGCAAGAGUGUCCUCAACAUUAAGCCUGUAGCAAAGGAGGAGACAGAGGAGGAAAAGGAGGAUAAACACAAGACCUUCGUGGAGAAGUACGAGAAGCAAAUCAAACACUUUGGUAUGAUGCGGCGCUGGGACGACAGUCAGAAGUGCCUGUCGGACAACCCGCAUCUGGUGUGUGAAGAGACGGCUAAUUACCUUGUAGGCAUGUGCAUUGACCUGGAAGUGGAGGAGAAACAUGCACUGAUGGAGCAGGUGGCCCACCAGACCAUAGUCAUGCAGUUUAUCCUGGAGUUGGCUCGGACACUGCAGGUCGACCCACGAGGCUGCUUCAGACAGUUCUUCUCCAAGAUCAAGACUGCAGACAAGCCAUACCAAGACGCGUUCAACCAGGAGCUGGACUCUCUAAAGGAGCGGGUUUGCAGCUGUGCACAGGUCCGCAUACAGAGCGUUAUGAAGGAGUUGGAGGAGGAGGAGAGGCAGAAGAGAUUGGGUCCAGGCGGGUUAGACCCUGUGGAGGUUUACAACUCCCUGCCUAAGGAGAUGCAGCAGUGUUUUGAUGAGAAGAACAUUCAGAUGCUGCAGGAAGCCCUCAGCCGACUGGACCCCAUGGAAGGAAAAUACCAUAUGAUGAGGUGCAUCGACUCUGGACUCUGGGUCCCUUACUUAGGAGGGGAUGAGGAUGAAGAGGAUGAACCGGAUGAUUAAAAGGAAACCGAAAAACCAAAGGAAGACAUAAGGCAAACAGAAAAUCUACUGUCAUUUGUUGAACCUCCGUCCUCUUGGGACUUUUACCUACAGGAGUUCUACUACAUAAAAUUCACUCUGUGGUGUUCCUCAAGGCAGUGUUUUAGGACCUCUGGUAUUUUAGUUAAUUUAACAACAUCAGACCUGUAUGCAGAUGAGUCUUUGUUGUUAGUAUCACACAAGUAUUUAUGCACAGUCAGAGGAUGGUAGGUGAGGAGUAAUUGGGAUACAAUAGUUUGCAUCUUUACAACUGAUUCCAUGUUUGUGCAAAUGCCAGGUAGUGUAAGUGCUACGAGGAGCCAAAGCCCUCUCAGGUAAAUCUGUCUUAACUAAGGCUAUAUACUUGAAAACUGUUGUGAAGGACAGAGUAUAGUAAUGAUGAUGCUUGGUAAAAA